CCAAACCUUUCUAACCACGCCAGAUCCAUCACCAAAGAUUCAUCCCGAUUCACCCAAAAUGCCACCCAAAUCGGAAACACAUGCUGCCUCCGCCACUACCGGCGGCACCACCCAAUUCGACCCUUCAUCCAACUCCAUCGAUCCGAUCUUCCACAUCCUCAAGGUACUCCCCUUCUUUUUUCUUCGCCCGCCUCGUCUGCGGCUGAAGCUGCCCACCUUCACUCUGCCCUCCGCAAUGACUGUCUACUCCCUCAUCCUCCUCACCUACUUCAUGGUCGUAUCCGGAAUCGUGUACGACGUCAUCGUAGAGCCCCCUGGCAUCGGCUCCACCCAGGACCGAUUUACUGGAGCGGUCAGACCUGUCGUCUUCCUCCCAGGUCGGGUCAACGGGCAGUAUAUUAUAGAGGGGUUAUCUUCUGGGUUCAUGUUCGUUCUCGGUGGUGUUGGGAUAGUGCUGUUGGAUCUGGCCCUUGAUAAGAACCGCGCCAAGAGUGUCAAGGUGUCGUUUGCGUCUGCUGGGGUUGCAUUUGUGGUGAUUUCGUAUGUCAUGAGUAUGCUCUUUGUUCGGAUUAAGAUCCCGGGGUAUCUCCGCUGAGUUAAUAUCACAUUCUAUGUUUCUAUAAGGAAUUUGAUAAACGGAAUAUUUUCCUUUUUUGGUUUUCAAAGUGUAACGAACCUUUUGUUUAAUUCAAUACUUAUCGGUUAAGUUGGAAGAAAAAGAAUUAAGGUUAAUGGAUGUUUUAAAGUCAAUUGGCAUUUGGGCGAUAGGUUUCAAUGUAAAUGGUAAUACAUUGUUGUCAGAAAAUGGGAUCCUCCAUAUGUUAUGAUGACCAGUUGCGCUUGUUUUCAGUGAAACCUUUUUUUUUUGUCCAUGGUGGCAUUAUA